AUGGGACGAUGGAGUCGACUAUCUGGAUUCUAUCGACGCAUCCGACUACCCACCGAUGAACAAGCUCAUCGGUGGGUAGUCGGAUGCGUCGAUAGAAUCCAGAAGAUCAUUCGUCGCCAGAAGAUGGUCGAGUUCGGUGGUUAUUUACGAAGCGGAUGGGUGAUAGCAAAGUGGCCGAUUAAGGAUGGUAGCGAAGUGGCCGUAUCAGAUGGAUGCAAGGAAUCUACUGUGCAAAGGAAAGAGAAUUUUAAUAAUUUGAACAAGCCGAUGGAUGGGACGCAACAGUGUGGAUGGAGCGGCGCUUGGAUAUCUUCAUCAACGUCCACCACUUUGUUAGUAGUCAUUAUUGUUGACAACUAA